AUGGCGUGCCCCGGUGCGCGACGCGAGGGACUGAGGUUCCUGCGAACGAUCUAUGAAGUCGGCGUCGUCGCCGCGUCGCGCGCUCCCGUGACUCACGGCGCGGCCGCCGCCGCAGCGAUGCCGACGGCACAGCAGGUGGUCGGCGGCGACAUCGCCCCUGCUGGCGCGCGCUUCGCCUCGCAACUCGCAGUGCGCAAUCGCAUGAAGUCGGUGCGCAGCAUUCAGAAGAUCACCAAGGCCAUGAAGAUGGUGGCGGCAUCGAAGCUGAGGGGCGUGCAGGGCAAGACGGAGCAGAGCCGCGGCAUGUGGCAGCCCUUUACUGCUCUUCUCGGGGACAACCCCACCCUGGUCACUCCUCGCACGCUGGUCAUUGCCGUGUCAACGGACAGGGGGCUGUGUGGCGGCAUCAACUCCACGGUUGUGAAGCACAGCCGCGCCGUUUCUGCCAUCUCUGCCCCCUCCGAGGACACCAAGUCAGUGUUUGUGAUUCUGGGCGAGAAGGCGAAACUGCAGCUUCAGCGGGACGCAAACAACACCAUCCUGAUGACCGUGGCUGAUACGCAGAAGCAGGGCAUCAACUUCACGCAGACGUCCAUGAUAGUGGAUGAGAUUCUCAAGAACGUCGAGUUUGACACCGCGCGCAUCAUCUACAACCGCUUCAACUCCGUCGUCGCGUUCGUGCCCACCGUCUCCACCGUGCUCUCGCCUGAGACCCUCCUCAAGGAGGCAGCGGAGGGAGGCAGCGCAAGCCAGCUGGCAGAGUACGAGAUCGAGGGCGAGGAGGGCCAGGAGGAGCUCUUCCAGAACCUCUCCGAGUUCCAGCUCGCGUCGACCCUCAAUGGACAACUCCUCCCGCAACGCCUCCGACAUGCUUGGCCGCCUCACUCUCUCCUACAACAGGUCUCGCCAGGCCACCAUCACCACGGAGCUUAUCGAAAUUAUUUCUGGUGCUGCAGCUCUGGAGGGCUAAGGCCAAUGCUGUCUGUAGCCGUUUGUGGUAUUAUUGUGACUGUCGGAGCCUCCCCUCCCGCCGGCGCCGGCAGUCCGUUCAGCACCUCCAGCCCCAGCAACGUGAUCCUAACGACCGGGAGACACGGCGGGUCUAACGGCGGGUUUGGCGGCGGGCUGUUUAAUUCCCUCUGGGCGUAUGCGCGGCCCGGGCGAUGGUGGCUCGCGAUAUUAAUAAUCUGCGCGUUUCAAGGAGUCUUAUUCUGGCAUUGGUCGAAUACCUCCGCUAUAGUCUUCCCCGAUCAGAAAAGCGCAUCCGGCGCCGCGAUUGGCGGGAAAGGAGGGUCGCUCAACAGGCAAAGACUAGGCGAUGCUGCCGCGGCCGCCGCUGCCGCUUCCGCGUUCCGGCGGCACCUAAUUAUUGAGUCGCAGGAGCAGGCUCAGGACGUCUCUAAUCUCCGGUCUCUCCCCUAUACCCCCACGACCGCGUCGCUCUCCGCGGCCGCUUUAGAGGAAUUAGUUCGCAAAGUGGCGGAGAACGUGUCGCAGCGCAUCGAGUCGCACGAGGCGGUGCUAGUUAAUCUGGGAAUUAAGUUGCUCAACAGAGAGCAACAGCUGUCUAAGAUCGACCAGGUGAUCGCAGCGCUCGGGAAAAUACCUCCGGAAACCAUUAAAGCCGUCUUACAAGCACAGCUCGAUACAAAGCAGCAGCAGGCGGCGGAAAAAGAAGGGGGAUCGGGAGCGGGAGGAGCAGGAGAAGGCGUAAGACAAGGGGGAAGCGGACAAGCGGAAGCAGGGGGGGGCGCGGAGGGGGAAGCAUGGGGGGAACUCCCGGAACCCAUUCCCCCUCCGCCAAAACCCUGCAAGCGACAAAAGGACCUGGGGAGAUCGGGGGGGAAGGUCGUCUGGCGGGUGGACGGGGGGGAGGCGGAGGGGGAGGAGCGUCCGCGCAAAUACCUCCUAGCUAUGUGCUCGGGGGGACAAUUAAGUAACCGCAUCUCGUGCCUAAGGCAGCAUUUCUUAGACGCGGCGCUGCUGAAUCGCACGCUGGUGUUCCCAUCGCACGGGCCAGGUGUGGACUAUGACUAUGAGCGGCUGUUGGAUAUGGAGGCGCCCCGACGCUGCUUUGGCAACCAGACUUUCCUCACGCUUGAUGAAUACGCUGCCAUUCAGGAGGCCAAGCACCCUAGGAUGAGGAAGCAUGCACCUGUGAUGACGGUGGACGUGUUUAUAUGCCACGUGCACCACUACCAGACGGAGAGAGAGUGUGGUUACAUCAGGCAACGUUCAUCCCCUCUUCACCUACCACCACCCUCUCCCCUGCAGGUAUCAGUAGUUGCAUAUCCACUUUGCCAAGACAGUCAUCCCGGAGAAGUGCACGCCAAGCCCGUGGUUCAAGUACCCCUCCAAGGAGUUCAUCUCCCUCUUUACCUACCAUCUCCCUCCCCUCACCCCUGCAGCUAUCAGCAGUUGCACAUCCACUUUGCCAAAACGGUCAUCCCUGAGAAGCGCACCCCAAGCCCCUGGUUCAAGUACCCCUCGAAAGAAUUCAUCUCCCUCUUUAACUAUGAUGAUUCGGUCAUCGCCUUUGGGAACAUGUUCGGCGUGAGCGGGCAGGACUUACGUUUCCACCAUGCCCGCCCGCUCGUGGUGCUGCCCGGAUGCAAAUACUACAUCAUGCCCUCGCCCAUGGUCCGGCAGGCCGCUGCUGGGUUUAUUAAUUCCUACCUCGGCAGCAGCACCAGCAGCAGCUUCAGCAGUGAUAGUAGCACAGGUGGUGAUGCUGCUGCUGGGGGUGUUCGGGCUGCUGGUGAUGGUGGUGCUGGUGGUGCCGGUGGUGGUGGUUUCAUGGCAUUGCACAUGCGAAGAGGGGAUUUCUACCAGCAUUGUGUGAACAUGAAGGGGCAUUCCAAGUUUGCUUGCUACCACCCGAUCCGCCAGCUGGCGGCGUGUGUCGCGCGGCGAUUGGACGAGAAUCCGGGCGUGCGGGCGAUUUACCUCUCGACCAAUGGGGAUGAUGACGAGGUGAGGAUGUUCCGGGAGUUUCUCGCGUUUGAACGAGCAAGGCCACGGAAAUACGUUAUAAAUGGGACGAUGGAGGAUGGGCGUGUGGGGAGCGUGGUUCGGGUGCGUGGGGGACGCGCGGGGCUGUUUUCUUCCGAGCCUGUUCCGGUGGUUCGGAUGUCGAUUAAGAGCCUGGAGACGCAGCCUUGGGCCGAGCCUCUGGUGCAGGCUGGGGCGCAUAACGACUCAGUGGUGAUUUCAUAUGUGGAGAAGGCAAUAUGUGUGAUGUCCAAUGUGUUUUUUGGUACAUACGGGUCGACCUUUACAGGGGAUAUUGUGCGGCUACGGGAUUGGCUGUUCUUGAAUAGCUGUAAUGAUGGGAUGAUAUGCCCUGAAACAGACCAGGCGGAGCUUAUAACGCCCUUUGAGAGUUAG